UUGUACUUCCUGCCAGCUCGGGUGUACAACUUGCUUGCUCCUCGUCAUGUUGGCUGCUCUGUAGGAUGGGGGAAGAGGUAAAGCCCAAUUAACAGCACUAGAAGUCUUAUCUUACCGAAACUGCAGCCUCUAUCACCACCACCCCUUUGUGAAAAGGGUCCUGCCUGUAAAAGAAUGAAAAUGCAUCCUCCUGAAUUGCUGCUUUUCUUCUUAGCAGCGUGCUUCAUUCCCACAGCCGACUGCGAGACUCCGAAGUUAAAAUCAAUGAAAUGCAACGUGAAGAUGACAUUUACCUCAAGCACAGCAUGUACAUCUUGUGCUGUGGUGUCUAGGACAUCCUGUCCCAAAGGCUGGAUGAGGGCCACCGAAGGAUUUGUGAGGGGCUGCAGGUACACUGUCAAGUUAGGAGAAAAUACCCUGUCCCUAUCAGGGUGCUAUCGCACAUGUAAGAAGGAAAUUGAGGAGAAAAAGUGCUGCCCAGGAUUUUGGGGUACAGAGUGUUAUGAAUGUCCAGGAGGCUCUGAAAAUCCCUGCAGUGGUCAUGGGACAUGCUUGGAUGGUCUGCAACGAAAUGGAACCUGCAUCUGCAAGGAGCAGUACAGUGGUUUUGCCUGCCAGAACUGUCGAGACGAAAACCGUUUUGGCCCAGACUGCCAGUCAGUGUGUGACUGUGUGCAUGGGGAAUGCAACAGCGGUGUCACUGGGAACAGAAGCUGCACUUGCUAUGGAGGCUACACUGGCCCCAGAUGUGACCAAGAGCUCCCCCUUUGCAGAGGUGUGAGGUGUGAAGCCAACAGUGAAUGCGUGGUUAAAGAUGGGACUGCGAUGUGUAACUGCAAGCUGGGCUACAGAAAAAGCGGCAGCGCUUGUGUAGCUCAGGAUCCCUGCACUUCUUCUCCAUGCUCCCCCUUUGCUGUAUGUAAGUUUCUUGGUCCAAGAAAGUAUGAGUGUACGUGCAGAGAAGGAUACCAAGGAGACGGGAGGGUUUGCCAGCCCAUAAACCCCUGUGUUGAUAACAAUGGAGGCUGCCCAGAAACCUCAACGAAUUGUAUUUACAAUGGCCCAGGAAAGGCGUCCUGUGUUUGCAAGCCUGGCAUGAUCGCACGGCCUCCUUCAUUAGAAUGUGCUUCACUUGCCAAUGACUGCCAGACGUAUUUUUGUGGUUUCUCUUCUAAGUGUGAAAUUAAUUCCCAUGGAAAUCCCAGCUGCGUGUGUAAAGAAGGGGAGAUUGGAGAUGGGAGAAGCUGCUACAGAGAUCUCAUGAGUGAAAUAAACAAGCAUAAUUCUCAUGGAAUGUUCAAUGGGAAAUUAAAUGUUGCCAGGAAGAUGUUUGUUUCUGGUUGUUCAGUGUUGCUGACUAAAUAUGGGCCUUUCACUGUCUUCGUACCUUCCCUUCUUCCAAUUAAUAACAAAAUGGAAUUAAACGGCACCGCUGCUGCAGAUCUGUGCAGGAUGCACAUUGUUCCUGGUCUGCAUUUGAUAGAAGACAUGGUUAAAGCCAAGGCUAUGUGGACCUUGUCAGGACAUCAGCUGACAUUCAGUAACCAGGGACACAGCAAAUCAUUUCGAUACCAAGAUGUGCCAGGGGAGCUGUACAAUGUUCUGAACUCAAAUCUCCCAGCAGCCAAUGGUAUUAUACAUAUUGUUGACACCCUAAGGAAAAAAAGUACUGCUGACAACAUUGGAAACCCACAGAAAACCAUUGGGGAGAUCCUUGCUUCCACAGAGAUCUUCAGUCGAUUUGAAACUAUACUGGAGAACUGUGGCCUGCCAGCAAUACUGGACGGGCCAGGCCCCUUUACUGUGUUUGUACCCAGCAAUGAUGGCGUGGAUAAAUUAAGAGAUGGAAGGCUCAUUUAUCUUUUCACAGAGGGCAUAAAUAAGCUCCAGGAACUUGUGAAACACCAUAUCUACCCUUCAGCAGCGAUAACUGUGGAGAAACUGAUGAUGACGCCGCACAUCGUUACAAUGGCUAACCAGAUACUGUCUGUCAACAUCAGUGCAGAUGGAAGAAUUGUGAUGGAUAACUCAGAGAUCCCCUUAAACAUGAGAAACAUUGUGGCAUCAAAUGGCAUUAUUCAUACCGUGGACGGCAUCUUCAUCCCUCCUUCAAUAAUUCCCAUUUUGCCUCACAGAUGCAACGAAGAACAACACAAAAUUGUGACUGGCUCUUGUGUGGAUUGUGAGGCUCUCAACAGCAGUGUUUGCCCACCUGGCAGCAGAGAAAUGGAACUAACACCAUUCCCAAAAGAAUGUGUCUACGUCCAUGAUCCACAAGGACUGAAUGUCCUGAAGAGGGGCUGUGCCCGGUACUGCAAUCAGACCAUUGUGAAACCUGGGUGCUGUGAAGGAUUCUUUGGUCCAGACUGCACGCCGUGCCCAGGGGGAUACACUAACCCAUGCUAUGGCCGGGGAAACUGCAGUGAUGGCAUAGAUGGGAAUGGCAACUGCCAGUGCUUUGAAGGUUUCAAAGGAAUAGCCUGCCACAUCUGUUCAAACCCAAACAAACAUGGCGAGAACUGCGAUGAAGAUUGUGGCUGUGUCCAUGGGGUGUGUGACAACAGGCCUGGCAGUGGGGGUGUGUGUCAGUCCUGGUCCUGUAAGGAAGGCUAUACUGGAAAAUUCUGUGACAAGACCUCCAAGAACUGUGGCCCGAGUGGGCUGUCCCAGUACUGCCAUCAGAAUGCUGUCUGCAGCCUCAAUGACACAGCAAGGUGUAUCUGCAGGGAUGGAUAUGAAGGUGAUGGGUUUUCCUGCCAGCCCAUUGAUCUGUGCAGUCGACCAGAACGAGGAGGCUGUUCUUUGAAUGCCCUGUGCACCAGUACUGGCCCAGGCAAUGCCACCUGCCAGUGCAACGUGGGCUGGACUGGAGACGGGAAGGCCUGUGUGGCCAUAGACAACUGCAUGCAGGAGAGCAGAGGGAACUGUCACAUCAAUGCUGACUGCAUUUAUAUCGGCCCUGGUCAGAGUAAGUGUGUCUGCAAGAGAGGUUAUGCUGGUGAUGGCCACAACUGCAAUGCAAUCAACCCAUGUCUCCUGGACAACGGCGGCUGCCAUGACCUGGCCAUGUGUGUACCCCUUGGAGGAGGGGAGAGGUCUUGUGCCUGCCCUGAAGGCUAUGUUGGAGAUGGCAUGACAUGCUAUGGGGAUGUUCUGAAAGAGCUGGCCAGGAGUUCCCACUUUGCAGGUUUCUAUGACUGGGUUAAGAAAUCUCUCUUCAGCAUCCCAGCAGGAACCAAUGUCACUGUCCUGGUGCCAUCAGAGGAAGCUAUCAAAAGCUUGAACAAGAGUGAGAAAGAUUUCUGGCUGACCCCCUACAUGCUGCCAUUUUUAGUCAGGGCCCACUUUCUUGAAGGUGUCUUCACUGAGGAAAAGCUCAGAAAGUACGACAGGCCAGAAUUACCCACCCUCAACCCGCGGACCAAAUGGCAGAUAAACACUGAGAGUGGUGUAUUCACCAUUCAGAAUGCAAGUCUAGUUGUCAGUGACAUCCCUGCCAGCAAUGGCAUCAUUCACAUACUCAGCAAGGUUUUGUUGCCACGUUUAGAAGACAUCCCACCCAGUCCUCCAGGGCUGCAGGAACAGCUCGAUGCAGUUGCCUCAUUCAGCACAUUCAAGAAGCUGCUAGAGCAAUACCAGCUCAUUGGAAAAAUUGAGUCCUCUGAAAAAUACACAAUCUUUGUUCCUGGAAACCAUUCCAUCGAGGAGUACUGCCACGCUGCCAAUGUCACACAGUUGGACAAUGAGACAGUGCAGUUCCACACUGUACUGGGAGAGAAACUCUUGCCGACAGAUUUGAGAAGUGGAGUCCAUAAGAACAGCAUGUUAGGGCUCUCCUACUGGUUAAUGUUUUAUCAAAACAGCACCCAGAAGUUUGUCAAUAAUAUUCCUUUGGAUGGAAAAGUCUUUGAGACGAGGAAUGGCAUUUUAAUCGGGGUUUCACAGGUCCUCCAGAUACAGAAGAAUCGUUGCACUGCCAAUACCACCACUAUACAAAGGUCAAGGUGCGGCAAAUGUGAGAAGGGGAUCAAGUGUCCUCCAGGAUCAGUUCUCGUGGAAUUUCCAGGAAGCAAGAAUCUCCCUCGCUGUAAUCUGCGCUCUGGGGACAUUGGUUGCCAUUUCAUCUGUGCAAAAGUUUCUCUGAAGUCUGUCUGCUGCCCCGGCUACUACGGACACAUGUGUGAGAUGUGCCCAGGAAAGCCAGGCCGGUGGUGCUCCGGGAACGGGGAAUGCCUGGACGGCAUCGAGGGCAGCGGGGAGUGCCAAUGCCUGGAAGGUUUCCACGGCACUGCUUGUGAAAUGUGUGAAGUGGGCCGCUAUGGAGCUGACUGCAAAUCAGAAUGUGCUUGUGACAAUGGCAUAUGCAACGAUGGACUGCAAGGGGACGGGAGCUGUGAUUGCUUACCUGGGUGGAAGGGCCCAAGCUGCCAAGAAAGAAUUGAGGUGGAUUUAUGCAAUAGCACUUGCCAUCAGAUGGCUAACUGCCUGAAUGCCUCUGCAGAUUCCCCACCUAUGUGCUUCUGCUCUGCUGGGUACACAGGGAAUGGGACACAUUGCACAGAAAUAGAUCCAUGCGCUAUUGAUCACGGUGGCUGCUCCAUACAUGCUGUGUGUACUAAAGUGUCCCCAGGAGAGAGAACCUGUGUCUGUAAGGAGGGCUAUGCUGGCGAUGGGACACUCUGCAGGGAAAUUGAUCUUUGUCUUGAAAGCAGUGGGGAUUGCCACAUCAACGCAGAGUGUGUUAAAACAGGCCCAGGGAAGGUUGCCUGUAACUGUCUUCCUGGUUACAGUGGGGAUGGUGUGAGACAGUGCAACCCCAUCAACUUAUGUGAACAGAACAAUGGAGGCUGCAGUCCCUUUGGGCUCUGCAAAUACACAGGCCCUGGCACUCGAAACUGCUCCUGCUCUUGGCACAGCAUUGGAGAUGGCUUCACCUGCCGUGGUAAAGUCUAUCAGGAACUCGCAAGGAUAGAAGAUGCAUCUGUGUUCUUUAAGAUGAUACUGGCAGAAAAAAACAAGGAGCUCAGUGGGGCAGGGCCUUUCACUGUCUUCAUCCCACGGGCAGACUUCAUAGGAAACUCUACAACUUUUGAGGAGUGGAAGAGCAGAGGUCUUCUCCAGGAGCUGCUUCGCUACCACAUGGUGGGAUGCCAGAAAUUGCUGUUGAGUGACCUGGAAGCCCAGGAGUCCCUUACAUCUUUAUCUGGUCACACGAUAAAGAUCACUGAGAAAGAGAAUAGUAUCUAUCUCAAUGAUGAAGCCAAAGUGGUCACGAGUGACAUCGUCGGUGUGAAUGGGGUCAUCCAUUUCAUCAACAAGAUCCUCAUUCCAAGUGACCUGGUGAGCCGUAACAUUUCCUCACAGCUCUCACAGCUGAACAUCACAGAAGCAGCAGAGACCUUUGGGUACACCAUUUAUAGCAAGUUGCUGAAGGAUGCGGAGCUGCUGCCGCUGAUCAGUAACCCUCUGCACAGACCUUUCACCAUGCUGUGGCCUACAGAUGCUGCAUUUAAUGCCCUCCCAGAGAAAAGGCAGCAGUGGCUGUACCACAGGGAGCACCGGGGCAAGCUGGCCUCCUACCUCAAAGCACACAUGAUCAGAGGCACGAAGAUUGUUGCUGGUAACAUGCCCCAGGUCAAUUCCAUACGGACCAUGCAUGGCUCCACUGUCUCGUUCAGCUGCAGCAGAACCCAUGUGGGAGAGCUUCUGGUGGGAAAUGGUGAUGCUGUGGUCAUUCAGAGGCACAUGGAAUUUGAUGGGGGCAUUGCUUACGGCAUCGACAGGCUGUUAGAGCCACCAGAUCUGGGAUCUCGCUGCGAUGAGUUCAUCUCUGUGGAGCUGCAGGGAUCGAUGGAGAGCUGCGGACCCUGUGGCUUCGAGCCGCCCUGCCCUGCUGGCUCAGUGCAACGGGGGGGAACCUGGGGCUGCCACUAUUUCGAAAACCAACUGUUCAGGAACACUUUUCUGUUUCGCCAUAACCACCCAUUGCGGCCGUCCUGGUCUUUCUCCCCGUGGGAACCCUUCAGAAGACACUUCUCUUCCAGGGGGCCUCUGAAACGAGGCUGCAGAAGGAAGUGCGUUUCCACCCAGUGGGUCCCCCAGUGCUGCACGAACCACUACGGCCGCGACUGCCAGGCGUGCCCAGGGGGGCUCGAGGCGCCGUGUGGGAACCGUGGGACCUGCGAUGACAAAAUCAGUGGCUCGGGGCGAUGCAACUGCAGCCAGGCCUUCAUCGGGACCAGCUGUGAGCUGUGUGCACCGGGCAGAUAUGGGCCCCAGUGCCAAGAGUGUAAUUGCACUGAGCAUGGUGUGUGCAACGGAGGGCUGCAUGGAGAUGGCUUUUGCUUCUGUGUUGAAGGCUGGACUGGCGAGCGCUGCGAAGUCCCCCUGGCCAUGAAGCCCACCUGCACGCCGCCGUGCCACCCCCAGGCCUCCUGCCGUGCUGGCAACCUCUGCGAAUGCGACAUGCACUAUGAAGGGGAUGGCAGAGCCUGCACAGCCAUUGAUAUGUGCAGCCAGGACAACGGUGGCUGUGCCACGCAUGCUGCCUGCUCGCAGCUUGGUGUCAACGUCUCCUGCACCUGUGCUGUGGGGUACUGGGGAGAUGGCUACGUCUGUGAGCCCAUUGACCGCUGCGCAGACGGCAGGAAUGGGGACUGCAGCGAGCACGCACACUGCAUCAGCACCGGGCCGAACAAGCGGCGCUGCGAGUGCAAGAGGGGCUACAUUGGCGAUGGAAUCCAGUGCCUGGAGGAGGCGGUGCCCCCAACGGACCGGUGCCUGGACAGCAAUGGGCAGUGCCACCGGGAGGCCAUCUGCACAGACCUGCACUUCCACGAUAAGACCAUGGGUGUGUUCCACCUGCAAUCGCCCCGAAAGAAGUACGACUUCACCUACGUGCAGGCGCAGGAGGCGUGUGCUGCAGAGGGGGCGGUCCUGGCCACGUUCCAGCAGCUGGGGGCCGCGCAGCAGAUGGGGUUCCACCUGUGCCUGGUGGGCUGGAUGGACAACGGCACCGCGGGUUACCCUACGGCAUUUCCCACCCCGAGCUGCGGCUCCAACCACGUGGGCAUCGUGGACUACGGCCCUCGGAGCAACCUCAGCGAGACCUGGGAUGCCUUCUGCUACCGCGAGAAGGACGUGACGUGCGUGUGCCCCGACGGCUUCGUGGGGGAUGGCAUGUGGUGCCGCGGCCGCCUCCCCGACGUGCUGGCCGAGGAAGCGCGUUUCUCCACCUUCUACUCCCUGCUGCUCGCUUUUGCCAACGGCUCGGCGGAAGGGCUGGAGUUUUUCACCUAUUUGUCCGACGACUCCACUCCCAAAACGCUUUUCGUACCCGUGAAUUCUGGAUUCGCAGAGAAUGAGACGCUGUCGGGAGAGGAGCUGCAGCUGCACGCUUCGGCUCUGCUGCUCUUCAGCUUCGACCUCACCGCGGGAACCGCCGUCCCGUCCCGGGCGGGGCGCGACCUCCUCGUGUCCCCCUUCCCGCCAGGCAACGGCACCGCGCGCUCCGAAACCACGUGGAUCAACGACUCCGCCGUCGUGGAGUGGGACAUCGCGGCCGCCAACGGCGUCAUCCACGCCCUCGCCGAGCCGCUGCGGCUGCCCCCGCCCGCGGUGCAGCUCGAGCAGGUGGGCGGAGGGACGCGCGCUGCCGGCGCCGCAGCGGGGGCUCUGGCGGCGCUGUGCGUGGCGCUGGCGGGGGCGGCCGCCGCGGGCACCGCGUACUGCGUGAAACGGCGCCGGCGGGACGGGCAGUUCGGGUACCUCCAGGCCGACCUGCGCGAGGAGGACGAGGAGGACGAGGAGCGCUCGCGAGCGAAGGCGGAGCCGCGCGCCGCCAGGCCCCGCCCCCAGCGCCCAUUGGUCGCCAUCCCCAACCCGCUGUACGGCGGCCACGCCCCCGACUACGAACCGCUGCACGACGCGCUGCUGCUGCAGGAUCCCGCGGGCACCGGCGACCAGCAGUGACGGACCCGGCUGCGGCGCGGCCCCGCGGGCGCAGACAAAUAAAGAGCUCCGCCCCUCA